UCUAAUCCGAAAAUUGGAUCUCUGAUGGCUAGUUACAGAGCCGAUGAAGAGUAUGAUUACCUCUUCAAGCUGGUGUUGAUCGGCGACUCUGGUGUCGGCAAAUCGAAUCUGCUGUCUAGGUUCACCAAGAACGAGUUCAAUCUCGAAUCCAAGUCUACUAUUGGUGUUGAGUUCGCUACCAAAACUACUAAAGUCGAAGGCAAAGUCGUCAAAGCCCAGAUUUGGGAUACUGCUGGUCAAGAGAGAUACCGAGCAAUCACAAGCGCUUACUACAGAGGAGCCGUAGGUGCUUUGCUUAUUUAUGACGUGACUAGGCACGCGACAUUUGAGAAUGCAGCAAGAUGGCUAAGGGAACUAAGAGGACACACAGACCCAAACAUUGUGGUGAUGCUUAUAGGGAACAAGUGCGAUUUGCGUCACUUAGUGGCAGUCAAAACAGAAGAGGCUAAAGCCUUUGCGGAGAGAGAAUCCCUCUAUUUCAUGGAGACAUCAGCUCUAGACGCAACCAAUGUUGAAAACGCAUUCACGGAAGUACUUACUCAGAUCCAUAAGAUAGUGAGCAAAAGAAGUGUGGAUGGAGGAGGAGAUUCGACUGAAUUACCAGGAAAAGGAGAGACGAUAAACGUUAAAGAAGACGGAUCGGUCCUUAAGAGAAUGGGUUGCUGCUCUAACUAGAGUGGGGGAUUGUAGAUUUGGUUUGAUUUGGUUAGGGGUGAGACAGCAAAUGAAAAUCUCCUUGGCUAUGGCAAUCAAAAAUGAAAUAAGAAACAAUUACUUUAAGAUCAUGUUUAUGCUGUGAUAACUUUGGCCUGUAAGGGCUCUUAAAUUUUAAGGUACAUGAUUGGUAUUUGUCUUUGAAACUCCCACCACUUGUAAAAUUGUAAUAAACUAAACAAAUGCAU